GUAAGUAAGUAAGCGGCAGGGUUGGUUUUUUUUGUUUGUUUGUUUUGUUUUUUCUUUUUCUCUUCUUCCUCCUCUCCUUCACUGGAAGGAUGUGGUAAAGAGCUCUGACUUAAAACUCAACUGGAACCACACAUGGCGCUUUAAGGGGACUUUAAAGACCUUUCUUUUGUCUUGGUCAACUUCUGUGUUUUUUGUGAGGCUUGUGAGCAGAGCUGAUAGAGAACGAUUAGUACUAUUUUUUUUUUUUUUUUCUUUUUCCUCCAUCUUUUAGAAUAGGAAAUGCCUACUGUCAGUAGGUAUAUGACUUUUCGUUCAUCAAAGCGGUUUAAAUUUAGCAGCUACCCAGUAGAGAGCAGCGGUGACGGGCUGCCAGCCAAAGUAAGAAAAAGCAGGAGCACCUUAAGCAAUGGCAGCAUCAAGAAGUUGGAGACGAGGAAAGCCUUGAGUUUAGAGGCGGCCCAGCUCGAAAUCCAGCAACAACACAAAACCCUCACCAGGCAAGCACCUGUUAGGGCACAGACGUUUGAUGUUGACAGCAAAGGCUUUGAGAAGACCGAGGGCACUGGCUCACAAAGUAGUUUCAGAAAGCACAACAAGACAUUUCACAAGUUGUUUCCAGACAUUCCAGAGAGUGAAGAUUUGAUUCAUGCAUACAUCUGUGCCCUGCAGAAGGAAGUGCCCUACCAUGGUCGGCUGUACAUCACAGACACCCAUGCCUGUUUCUUUUCCUCAGUUUUACUUAAGGACACUAAGGUAGUGAUUCCAAUUUCCUGCAUUAAAAGAGUGAAGAAGCAGAAUACAGCUUUGUUAGUACCCAACGCCUUGUCAAUUCGCACCACUGAGGGAGAUAAGUACCUCUUUGUGGCUCUGCGGAACAGAGAAUCCUGUUUUCAGCUCUUGCGUUCAGUCUGUCCUCAGUUAGAGGAUGGCAGUGCAAACAGUAGCCCUCUCUUCUCCUCAGCUGAAACUAGCUUUGAUAAGAGCAAACCUGUGAACUCCAGCCAGUCCAGUCUGGACGACAGCUUCGACCAAUUCGAUGGCUUCAAGUCUCAGACUUUACAAGACAACCCAGUGCUUAGACCACAUAAAGAGGCAGUACCUAGUGUAAAUGGUUCCUCUAUGAAGAGUUUGCAUAUGCAACAGAGUGAGAGCUCAUCAACAGAGGAGCUGUCUGUGUCAGGUGGAUCCUGGGUGUGGAGUGUGACUGAGAAAGCAAAGUCUCUGGUGGUUCACAGAGAAGCCAGCAACCUCAACACUCUACUCUUCAUCUACUUGAUUUUGGUGCUGCUGCUGCUGCUGUCUUCGGGCUACAUUGGUUUGCGUAUCGUGGCCCUGGAAGAACAGCUGACGUCUCUGGGCGCACUGCCCGAGUUCAACUUACAGAGCGGGUACCGACAAGACACAUAACAAUCAGUGACUUAAGGAGAGAUUGGUUGACUCAUGAUUGGAAGAUUAUUUCUGCCUCUUCCCAGCAGAACCAGCCAGGGAACUUCUAAUGUACUCAGACUUUGCUCUCAGUGUGGCCUGCGCUGGUGUCUAAAGGAAGAGUAGCCAACCUGUGCAAUUUUAGACACUUGUUGACUUGAAGGGCUAUACUUCCUCCAAGUGCAGUGAACAGAACAGCAAAAGAAAAGGACAUGCCACAACCUAGUCACAUAGAGCCAAGCCAAAAUGUAUACACACACACACACACACACACACACACACACACACACACACACACACACACACACACACACACACACACACACUGCCUGGUUGCAGCGUGUCUGUUCAAACCAAAGCCAAACGGCUCUAUCUUAGCAAGGUGCCACAUUAGCCAGGCUGAUGGGCACGCUUCUGGCAAAAACUGUUCGUCAUCUGUGAAUUUCUGUUGUUCUCUUGUCCCUGAGCAUGCAUUCUUGAACAGGGCUGUACCAAUAAGCAUUAGCUUGCUGAUGAUUCCACCUCACCACUUGAGACGUAGUGCUAUGCAUAGCCAAAGAUACACACACAGUUCACGUCUUUUGCAUGAGUGUAUGGAGAUAAAAUGAUGUCUUUCUCUUAUUUAGCCCUCUAUCAGCAGUGCUGUCUCUUUAAAUUCAGUAACUUUCGGGUACUUCUCUUCAGAUGGUUCUUAUAUCUCUAAUCAGCAGUGGGUUGAAAUGACGAUGGCUAAAAUCCAAACUUCAGAUCAGCCCACAGAGGCUCGAUACUUUCCUGAUGGUCUUAUCCUUUCUCUCUUCGUCCAGUCAGAAAUGAUUGCAGUAUUACUUUUCCUCGUCUUUGGCAUGAUUUAAACCUGUUUAAUGAUCAUUGCUCAGAGGUUAUGUUCCUUCCAGGCUCCACUGGAUGAAUGCAUCAUCAAUGCACAAGUACAAUAGAAUAUUAGGAAGCUGUCUUAGGCAAAGAUGUCUUUAUGCACAGCUUUUCUCUGACUUUGGUCUUCAGAAGUAGAUUUCAGACCUGUCUUUUUGAUGUCCAGUAAGUGCAGACCUCUCUGACAGGCCUCUUGAGGACCAAGUGACAUUUCUAGAGUUUCUUCAGGUUAUUUUUAAGUAGCACCAGUGAUAUAUUUCUAAUGUAGGUGUCUGGGAAAAUGGGCACUUGACUGAUAUUUGCGUAUUCUUUGUCACCUGAAAAGGAGCUUUUUGUUUUGUUUUGUUUUUUUGUUGUUUUGUUUUAAAAAAAAAAAAAAAUAACCACAUUUACUGUUAGGUCCAAGUUUAUCAAAAGCAAAACAAGUGGUCCCAAAAAGAAAUUUCAAUAUGCAGCAAAUUGUUAUGCAUGACAAAAUGUAAUUUCUGUGUGCAGUUUUUUGGGGUUUUUUUAAAAGUGGAACUCGAUGUUUGUGGUGAAGAAAUUGUAAGAAGAGGAGAAAAUUUAUGUGAGUGAAAGAAACGGCUCAAGCGAGCAAGCGCACUUUAAAAACCUGUGGUGUGCCUGUCACAAUCCAAGAUGCUGUUUGGAUUGAGAAGAAAUGGCAAAACUGGUGUUCUGUGGUAUCUAAAGGUGCUUAGACCUUUUUUUUUUUUUUUUUUUGUUUGUUUGUUUUGUCAAUUUAAGAAAAAUUGAUUCACUCAGGGGUGGUGGGGCGCUACCUGCCAUGUGGUUAUGGGUUGUCAACUUUUCUUGUCAUUUCAGUCUUGUGUGUACAGUGGAGUUCACAGUCUGUACAUCUUUGGUGGUUUCUCCUGUAGCCCUUUGAGAAGGAAAGCGGUUUCAUUGAGUUCACUCAACUUUACCAAUUGAUCAAACUUUUCAUUUUCUAAGAAUGCUUGCUCUUUUCUUUUUAUUUCUUAUUUUUUAAACUGCCCCCCACCUCCCUCCCAUAUGAUCGGUUUCAGCUAACAUGCAUAUCCAUCUCAGUGAUUUCACCCUCCUUUAUGAAAGCUCUUCUUGACCAGGUGUAGUGAGUGGUUUUACUUUUGCUACAUUCUUAUUCAGGAGAGUCCGUCAUGAUUAGUUAAGGUUAUUGUCAUGCCAUAUACAGUACUGUCAGUUCUUAUACUCCUCCACUUGGGGGCAGCACACACAAGUACUGUCCUCGAAACUCAUUUAAUUCAGUGAGGGCAGUAGUUGUGAGGUUUUGCACUAUUGAGUGUUGUAAAUAAUUUUGUAUCAUUUGUUAAUGUCCUAAUUCUACUGUUGUCCCAUAUUUAUUUUCAUUCUGUGUAGUUCAAAGUAGUCUCUGUGAGAUGGCUUUGCUACCGUUUAAAAUAAAUCAGAUGUUUCAAAAUAAA